GCACCUCGCGUUGUUGUUGUGGGCGCUUCGCUCUUCAGUCUUCACUGCUUAAUAAAACCUCUUUUUGACUCUCUUAGAAGAUAUCUCCCAAUUAAACAGAUCCAGAAUUUUUCGUUGCAGUUGAGCGAUAUGGAUGCCUUGGACUCCGUUUUUGAUCCUCUCAGAGAUUUCGCCAAGGACAGCGUCCGCCUCGUCAAGAGGUGUCACAAGCCCGAUCGCAAAGAAUUUACGAAGGUCGCGUUCCGUACUGCAAUCGGUUUCGUGGUGAUGGGAUUCGUCGGAUUCUUCGUGAAAUUGAUCUUCAUUCCUAUCAACAACAUCAUUGUCGGUUCUAGUUAGGACUGCCCAGCACAAAGUCAGGCCUGUGGAGCGCAAGGUUCAUACUAUCCUUCCCCAUGACCAGUGCAGUUGCAUCUAGCAGAACAUGCCAUGAGUUCCGAUGAGCUUCUGAAACCCAAUGCAUUGAGUAGCGGGUCCCAUUCACAUCAGCUGGAUAAGAGAAUAACCCUUUUGGGCUGUGCUUGUUCUUCCUCCUGAAAUAUUGGCUAAGCUGUGAUCCUUUGAUCCUCAAAUCCAACCAAGUCUCAGGUGCCAAGAUCAUUUUUGAUUCCUUGUAUGUGGCAAAUUCCCUUAUGUAAUCCAUUUCUUCUGCAAUAGUGGACAUGUAGAAGUUUCCUCUGAAGAAAGGGUAGCUCUCACCUACUAACAUCAUUGCAUCCUUGUAGUUUGGAGUGAAGAGAACAAGAUACUCAUCAUCAGGUAACCCACAGUGCUUCAAAACUUUGUUUUGAGCUUGGAUUUCUGGUAUUGAGAUAAAGCUCCCUGGAAAUGAGGAUUUCUUGGUGAGGAUAUCAAGAAGCCUUGACGGCUCCAAUUGUGCUCUACCCAAAUCAGGGAGAUUGCCUCCAAGGGAUGGUGAGGAAACCUCUCUGAAACUACUCCUUGGCGAUUUUUUCUUGUCAUCAGGUGCAGCCUCUGAAGCCUCUUCAUUGAUACAAAGAGUAGAGAGAUCUAUUUUUUCUCCAACAAGAAGACCAGCAUAUUGGGGGUACUUUGCCAAGACAUAUUGCUCAACAUAUUGCAUUUCUGAUGGAGUUAUCGGACCUGACCAUCUGAGGUCAAGACCUUGAAUUGUUGAUAUGGCUUCUGCUACAACGUAUGCAGGAAUUAAGGUAUGUGCUUUCUGUUUAAUCCAAAUUUAAUCAAACAAUCACAAGUUUAGUAGAUUCUUAUGUAUCAACAUCCUAUUAAGAAAUCGCAGAGAUGGUUUUCAGUCUGAAAUUUUACCUUCACAACCAUACUGCUUGGCCUGCCACUGUCUGUUGGGGAUUUGGCUACAGAUGCAAAAAGGGAUUUUUGGUGUUGACCUUCCACCAUGGCCUAAUUUUUUUAACAUUUCAAUUAGAUUCUCUAUAAACAUUGUGCAACCAAACAACAUUUUAUUGAGUUGAAAUUGCUUACCUUUGAUCCUGCA